AUGGCGACCACGGUGGACAAGAUCAAAGACAUCGAGGCCGAGAUGGCCAAGACGCAGAAGAACAAAGCCACAUCUUUUCAUCUUGGUCAACUCAAGGCUAAGCUGGCAAAGCUUAAGAGAGAAUUGUUGACACCCUCAUCGAGUGGAGGCGGCGGUGGCUCCGGCUUCGAUGUCGCCAGGACCGGAGUGGCCUCAGUUGGCUUCAUCGGAUUCCCGUCCGUUGGCAAGUCUACUCUCAUGAGCAGGUUGACGGGUCAGCAUUCCGAGGCUGCGGCGUAUGAGUUCACCACUCUCACCACCGUACCCGGUCAGGUCCUCUACAAUGGUGCAGCAAUCCAAAUGCUGGAUCUCCCCGGUAUCAUUCAAGGAGCGAAAGAUGGCAAGGGCAGAGGCCGACAAGUCAUUGCCGUCGCGAAGACGUGUCACCUGAUAUUUAUUGUCCUCGAUGUCAACAAGCCACUCACCGAUAAAAGGGUCAUUGAAAACGAACUCGAGGGCUUCGGCAUUCGCAUCAACAAGGAGCCUCCCAAUAUUGUUUUCAAAAAGAAAGACAAAGGAGGCUUGAACAUUACGAGUACUGUUCCACUCACCCAUAUCGAUCAUGACGAAAUCAAGGCUGUCAUGAACGAAUACCGUAUCUCUUCCGCUGAUAUUGCCAUCCGCUGCGACGCAACAAUCGAUGAUCUGAUCGACGUCCUCGAGGCGAAGAGUCGCAGCUACAUUCCAGUCAUCUACGCACUCAACAAGAUCGACUCCAUUUCCAUCGAAGAGCUGGACCUCCUCUAUCGCAUUCCGAACGCCUGCCCAAUCAGCUCUGAGCAUGGUUGGAAUGUCGACGAGCUUCUCGAACAGAUGUGGGAAAAGCUGGAGCUAAAACGAGUCUACACCAAACCUAAGGGUAAACAACCCGACUACUCUGCUCCGGUCGUUCUGAAGAAGAAUGCUUCGACCGUGGAAGACUUCUGUAAUUCGAUCCACAAGUCGAUCGUGGACCAAUUCAAGGUCGCGAUCGUGUAUGGAAGGUCUGUGAAGCAUCAACCACAGCGCGUAGGCCUGUCACACGAGCUCGCAGAUGAAGACAUCCGUAAGUACACUGCAGUGGCCGCAAGUCACGUUACUGACAAGGGGUUCGUAGUCACGAUCGUCAAAAAGUGA